GAGAGAGAGAGAGCAGUCACACAAGGAGAAGCAGCAGAUGCAGCAGGAGCUUCAGGAGGUGAAGCAGUGAACCUGAGUGUGUGACAGGGUCAGAUCUCCUCUCUCCUCUGGGUCAGAGGUCAUGGUUCUCCUGCAGAACAUCUCAGACAUGCUCUCUGCAGCGGUGGCUGCCUUUGGUUCUGCGCUCUUCAUCAGCGUCAGUGUGUUCUACAGGAGGAGAACGUUGUGGUCAGAGCGCACACAGUUGUGCGCCUUCACUGAGAAGGCGCAGGAGGCGGAGCAUAGGAAGCGCCAGGUUCUCGUCCUCGGUCUGGACGGCGCCGGGAAAAGCAGCCUGCUGCGAGGUCUGGUUCCCGCAGAGUCCACGGCUCAGACAUGUCACAGUCGCCCGACCCACGGCUUCAACUUCGUCAGUCUGGACACCGGUGUCUGUCGGCUGGACUUCCUGGAAAUCGGCAGCAGCGAGGAACUGCGACGUCACUGGAGCGAGUACGUGAAACACUCUCACAUCCUGGUGUUUGUGGUCGACUCCUCCGAUCGACAGCGCCUCCCACUGGCUAAGGCUGAACUGCACCGCCUCCUGGGGGCGGAGCCCCAGCUGCCUGUGGUCAUCCUUGGAAACAAGCAGGACAAACCCGGUGCAGUGAGUGUGUGUGAGCUUCACGACGCUCUGAGUCUGCACUCACACAACAACACAUUCCUCAUCGCUGCUCAGAUGCAUUCAGAUGAAGGUCUGAAGAACUCCUGCUGGAGUCUGCUGCUCCUGCUCGUUUGAGAGGCCAGGCCAGGCCAGGCCAGGCCAGGCCAGGCCAGGCCAGGCCAGGCCAGGCCAGGCCAGGCGAGGAGAGGCGAGGUGAGGCCGCUCCUCCUGCAGCAGCUUCUUCUUCUUCUUCACUGUCAGCAGACGAGUUGAAGGACGAGGACGAAGGUUUAUUUAAUGUUGUUGAUCAGUGGUUCACAAACAUUUUGUGUUUUAAAUAAAAUUAACUUUAUAAUCA